AUGUCGACAAGUGCGGGGUCAAGCAGCACUGGUAACGGUGGUGGAAACGGUGGCAGUAGCAGUAACAGUGACGGUAAUAACAGUGCCGGAGGACGCCGUAAUGGCAAUGGGAGUGGAACAGCUACGGGUGCAGAAGCCACCGUACCGAAGCCGGAAACAAAGGAAACAAAAUCAAAUCCCAAAAUAUCGAAAGCCUUAGGAACUUCUGCUAAACGAAUUCAAAAAGAGCUGGCGGAAAUUACGCUUGAUCCGCCACCAAAUUGCAGUGCUGGACCGAAGGGCGAUAACCUUUAUGAAUGGGUUUCAACCAUUCUCGGUCCCCCCGGAUCAGUUUAUGAAGGUGGUGUGUUUUUCUUGGAUAUACACUUUUCUCCAGAGUAUCCGUUCAAACCACCCAAGGUAACAUUCCGUACUAGGAUAUAUCAUUGCAACAUAAACAGUCAAGGUGUAAUCUGCUUGGACAUUUUAAAAGAUAACUGGUCACCUGCAUUGACCAUAUCAAAAGUGUUGCUAUCCAUUUGUUCCCUGCUGACAGACUGUAAUCCAGCUGAUCCGCUAGUUGGAAGUAUUGCGACUCAAUAUCUGCAAAAUAGAGAAGAGCACGAUCGAAUUGCUCGCCUGUGGACAAAACGGUAA